UCCUCCCAAGAUUUGACUAAAGGUGCAUGGUUUGGUACAUAGACGCAGAUCAGGUGAUAAACUUCUGUCUUUCUUGUUUAUUUAUUUCACAGACUGGACAGGAUGAAGGGCCUGUGUUUUGGGCUGUUGUUCCUUCUGCUUUCAUCAGCAUCUUCAGUAAGGUUCAAGGUUUUGAACAUCACUGAGGAGAAGGACAUCACAGAAGCAAACGAAAAUCUCCCAGGCGAUGACAUUCUGCAGGGGCCCAAGACGCACAGAAGUUCAAUUACAGACACAGAUCUACUGUGGGACUCACCAGUUCCUUACAUUCUUCAUGAAGGCCUAGAGCUGAAUGCAAAGGGAGUCGUCCUGAGAGCACUGGAUCAGUUCAGGCUGAAGUCAUGCAUUGACUUCACUGUCCGAGAGACGCAGGACUAUUUCAUUCGCGUCCAAAAACUAGGCGGGUGCUUUUCAUACAUUGGACAACUGUUCUGGACAAAUGGACAGACUCUCUCCAUCGGUCAAUACUGCGAUACAAUCUCCACGGUGGAACACGAGUUCCUGCACGCUCUUGGCUUCUACCACGAACAGUCCCGACCCGACAGGGAUGAUUUUGUCACCAUUGUUUUUGAAAACAUCCUAGAAGGGAGGUCACACAACUUUGACAUAGCUGCUGCCAGCAGCACCCAAGGAGUCCCGUACGACUACUGGUCUGUGAUGCAUUAUGGGAAAAAUGCCUUCAGUAAUGGAAACGGUUCCACAAUCAUCACCGAAGACCCCAAGUACCAAGACGUGAUCGGCCAAAGACAGGCAAUGAGUCCCAGGGACGUCGAGGAGCUCAACCUGCGCUACGACUGCAACGACAGCGUUGCCUUUCAGCUGUAUUGUGAUUUUUCCGACGGAGCCAUGUGUCACAUGACAAACUGCUCAGGUGGGAGCACCAAAUGGGAAAGGGUCACGCGUGCUGAAGGUGGGCCGAGCUCUGACCACACCAGUCUUCCCAGUGUCACAGCAGAGGAAGGAUUUACACCUGAACCUCCACAGGAAGGUCACUUCAUGCAUGUAAGCACGGCGGCUGGUGAAGCAGGCGACUCUGCCUGGCUGGAGACCCCCAGAAUGAAGCCCAAGAGACAGGGUCACCUUCAGUGUCUGCAGUUCUACUACUUCCACAAUGGGAGCGCGGACGACCAGCUGAACAUCUGGAUCAGGGAGUUCAACAAUGAAACCAAUACAGCACGUCUCAUGGGACAAGUCACUGGACCACCAACGUCCCACUGGAGGAUCCACCAUGUUUCCCUGGAUGCUAAGAGUGAAUUCCAGGUGGAGUUUGAAGUUGAAAAAGGCAAUGGAAGAUCCUCUGGUGGCAUCUCCAUCGAUGACAUUAAUCUGUCAGAAAUACAAUGUCCUGAUGUGACCAUGCAGAUUGAUGAUUUUGAGCACGUCGUGACCACAAGUCCUAUAGACACAUACAUGUACAGCCCGCGGCACUACUCCAGUGGUGGCUACGCAUAUCGUUUCGCUGUGGAAUUGAAUCAAUUUUAUUUUGGAUUGCGAGUGCAACUGCUGUCUGGCCAGAAUGAUGAUGAGCUGACGUGGCCAUGUCUGAACAGACAAGUGACACUGCAAGUGGUGGAUCAGACUCCCAACAUCCAGCAGCACAUGUCGAGGCAAAGAAGCUUCACCACUGACUUGAGCAUAACAACAGAAAAUGGGACAAGUGUUUGGGACAAUCCGCGCAAGUUUGCGGCAGAAUUUGUGACCGAUGAUGGCGAGGAAGUCUUUGGCGGGCCGCUGGUUGGACUAGGAUUUUUUUGGUAUCUGGAUAACUUGAAGUCCCUCAACUUUCUUAAAGGAGAAAGUGCUGUAUUUGCCUUUGACUUUCAAGAUAUCACCCCUCUGAUCAAUGGAAGUUCACUUCCCAAGGCCAAACUUGGACCAACGGCAGUGAAGCUCACAUCAAAAAACCCACGACAUGACACGUGCAAAACAGGGGAGCCGACAACAGCUCACCCAACAACAGCUCACCCAAAGACUGCUCACCCAACAACAGCUCACCCAAAGACUGCUCGCCCAACAACUAACAUAAGGGUUGCCACCCAUCCCAAAAAUAUCGAGGCCACCUUGACCCUCCUCCACACACCAAUCCUGCAAUCGUAACCCCAGUUAUUUUCUGCGUUGAAAAUUCCCAGACUCUGAACACAUCAUCUCUCAUGCAUCCAAAGUCAGUAGUUUAGUGCUCUGAGAGAGUCAAAGAGACUGAGGAAAGCAACGAAAACAUUGCAGCUAUGAUGUGCGCUUUCAGACAAAGUAGACAAAAAGGAAGUCUGACUAAAAAGGGAUUUGUGAGAAAGUAUUACUGUUUACUGAUGUAAAUAUUCUUCUGUACUGUGGGACAAAACUAAGGACAUCCAAUCUAAUACACUUUUUGUCAGUUAUUCUCUCUCUCUCUCUCUCUAUAUAUAUAUAUAUAUAUAUAUAUAUAUAUAUAUAUAUAUAGAGAGAGAGAUAAUAUAUAUAUAUAGAGAGAGAGAUAUAUAAUAUAUAUAUAUAUAUAUAGAGAGAGAGAGAGAGAGAGAGAAGAGAGAGAGAGAAUAAAGAAUGGCUAAUACAAGAGAGAUUGAUAUGAAACUUUUUUUAGUUUUUCCCAUAUUGUUUCCCUUACAAUGUGUGUAAAUCUUUUCUUUCAGACAACUUGCUUCAACAUCUUCGAAUAGUGACAACUGUGAGACAGACGAGCGAACUGGUCGCUUUUUUGCAUAACAGAAAAUGACUGAGAACAUCAAACUGCAUGUGUUGUUCUGAGCAUUUGGCAGCAAAAUGUUUUCAUUCCAUACUGAGCCAAGAUAACAAACAUAGUUCCACAAUGACUGUAGGAGCAUAGUCAUAUUCAUCCGACGUAAGAUGUAAGAUGCGGACAUCAGACAAAUGUAUCUCAUACUGGAUCGGUCGAGGCCCGGGUCAACAACGACUGCCAUCAGUGCUGUUAACCGGCAGGGUGCUGAUGGAAAUUGACUACUGUAGGUCAAAGUCAGGGAAGGAGAGGGGGGAGGAGGGCCAAUAGACAGAGGGAGAAGUUGAAAGACACGAGAAUAGGAUUGAGAGGAGGGACGUGAUGAAGCUAGAGAGUUGGCUGACGUGAUGCAGAGAAGGAAGGUGGAUAUUCCAUGUGUUCAGGAGACCAAGUGGAAAGGUAGCAAGGCUAGAAGCUUAGUAGCAGGGUUUGAAUUAUUUUAUCAUGGUGUGGAUGGCAAGAGGAAUGAAGUGGGAGUCAUCCUGAAGGAGGAGUUGGCCAGGAAUGUUCUAGAAGUGAGAAGUAGAGUGAUCGGUCUCAAAUUAGAAAUUGAAGGGGUCAUCUUCACUGUAGUUAGUGCUUAUGCCCCACAGGUGGGGUGUGAGCUUGAGGAGAAGGAGACCUUCUGGGGUGAAUUAGAUGAACUGCAGGAGAGUAUUCCCAGAGGCGAGAGAGUGGUUAUUGGGGCAGACUUCAAUGGACACGUUGGUGCAGGAAACAGAGGUGACGAGGAAGUGAUGGGAAAGUUUGGUAUCCAGGAUAGGAACACUGAAGGUCAGAUGGUUGUAGACUUUGCAAAAAGGAUGGAAAUGGCUGUGGUCAAUACUUUCUUCCUGAAGAGAGAGGAGCAUUGGGUGACCUACAGAAGUGGAGGUAGGAGCACACAGGUGGAUUACAUGUUGUGUCGACGAUGUCACUUGAAGGAGAUUAGGGAUUGUAAAGUAGUAGUGCGUGAGAGUGUGGCCAGACAACAUCGGAUGGUGGUGUGCAGGAUGACCAUGGUGGUGAGGGAGGUGAAGAGGGCAAAGGAAGAGAAGAAGACAAAGUGGUGGAAGCUGAAAGAGGAAGAGUCUUGUGUUGCUUUCAGGGUGGGAUCAGAGGGUGACCAAGAAGGGCUUCCAGAUCACUGGACAACUACAGCUGAGGUGAUAAGGAGACAGGUAGAAGAGUUCUUGGUGUGUCAUCUGCAAGGAAAGUGGAUAAGGAGACUUGGUGGUGGAACGCAGAAGUGCAGCAAAGAUUAGUAAGGCUGAAGUGAGAAGGGCAUUGAAUAGGACGAAGGGUGGAAAGGCAGUGGGCCCUGAUGAUAUACCUGUGGAGGUCUGGAAGUGUUUUGGAGAGGUGGCCGUAGACUUUUUUACAAUAACAUUUAUCAAGGUCUUUGAGAGUGAGAAGAUUCCUGAGGAAUGGAGAAGAAGUGUGCUGGUGCCCAUCUUCAAGAACAAGGGCGAUGUCCAGUGUUGUGGCAACUAUCGAGGGACUAAGUUGAUGAGCCAUACGAUGAAGUUGUGGGAAAGAGUAGUGGAAAGUAGACUAAGGGCGGAAGUUAGCAGAUGUGAGCAACAGUUUGGCUUCAUGCCAAAAAAGAGCACCACAGAUGCAGUGUUUGCUUGGAGGAUGUUCAUGGAGAAGUACAGAGAAGGUCAGAAGGAGCUCCACUGUGUGUUUGUGGACCUGGAGAAAGCGUACGACAGAGUGCCAAGAGAAGAGUUGUGGUACUGUAUGAGGAAGUUUGGAGUGGCAGAGAAGUAUGUUCGAGUGGUGCAGGACAUGUAUGCCAGGUGUAAGACAGUGAUGAGGUGUGCUGCAGGUGUAACAGAGGAGUUCAAGGUGGAGGUGGGACUGCACCAAGGCUCAACUCUGAGCCCCUUCUUGUUUGCCAUGGUGAUGGACAGGUUGACAGAUGAGGUUGGACUAGAAGCCCCUUGGACAAUGAUGUUUGCAGAUGACAUUGUGAUCUGUGGUGAGAGCAGGGAGCAAGUGGAAGAUAAGCUACAGAGGUGGAGGUUUGCCUUAGAAAAGAGAGGAAUGAAGCUUAGCCGCAGUAAAACGGAAUACAUGUGUGUGAAUGGUGAAUGGUUUUUAGUACUUGGGCUCAACUGUCCAGGGCGAUGGAGAGUGUGAGAAAGAGGUGAAGACGCGGGUGCAGGCAGGAUGGAAUAAUUGGAGAAAAGUGUCAGGUGUGAUGUGUGACAAAAGGGUGUAAAGGAUGAAAGGGAAAGUGUCCAAAAGGGUGGUGAGGCCAGCAAUGUUGUAUGGGUUGGAAACAGUUGCACUGAGGAAAAGACAGGAGGCAGAGCUGGAGGUAGCAGAGAUGAAGAUGCUGAGGAUCUCUCUGGGAGUGAGCAGGAUGGACAGGAUCAGGAAGCAGUAGAUCAGAGGGACAGCAGAUGUGGUCAGGUGUUUAGGAGACAAAGUCAGAGAGGCUAGAUUGAGAUGGUUUGGACAUGUACUGAGGAGAGAGAGCCAGUACAUUGCCAGGAAGAUGUUGAGGAUGGAACUGCCAGGCAGAAGAGGAGAUUUAUGGAGGUGGUGAAGGAGGACAUGAGGUUUGACAGUUUGAGGGAAGAGGAAGCCAAGGACAGGGUGAGAUGGAGGAGGAUGAUCCGCUGUGGCCACCCCUGAAGGGAGAAGCCGAAAGAAAAAGAAGAAGAAAUAAAAGUGUAAAAGCUUUGCAUCAGAUACGCUAUUGGUCAUUUCAGGCUCGAUGAAAAUGACUAAAACAUAAUAUGACAAAUAAAUCAUAAUGUCUAGUUUUGGCUGCGCUCUAAAUAUUUACUCUGUUUUGUUU